CUGCGGUUUUGCAUUCCGAGAUAUUCCGACAGAAAUAUUUUCAAUAGUUAAAUAAAAUUUUAGUUUUUGUGGUUUUGUUUUUCUUUUCAAAACCAAAAUAGAAAAUGGAAAACACCGAAACUAGUAUGGACGAACUUCAUAUAGAAGAAAUGAAAGAAUAUGACACAUCGAAUGACAGUUUAAAAGAAGCUCAAGUCCAUUUAUUAGAAGAUGGAGGCCAACAACAAAACACAUCCGGAAACAUUGAAAACCUCCAAGGAUCCCCUUCAAAUCGAAAUUCAACUAAUCAAUUUACUGAAAGCACACCAAAUCCCAAACCAUUGACGAAAGGAGGCACAGUUCACUCCUCGACAGACUCAACAUUUGCAGCGGCUGCCAUAAGCACAGCCGAUGCCUCAUUUGCCGAAUCUCAUAUAUUGCCCAAUGUUACAGAAAUUAUACGACAAGUGCCAACGUCCACACGUCAUUCGUUACUACCCUGGGGAGCACCUUCCCGCAUAUCCAUAAUAAAUACAAUUUCUUUUAAUUCCAACGAAUCACAAACAAGCGGCGAAAUGGCAUUGAGGCCAGGUGAAAUAGUGAUGAGAAAUCUCUUCACAGAUUUCACAGUUCAAGCUGAAAAGAAAAUCGAAUUGGUAAUGCUUGAGAGUGCGGACAAAAAUCUAGCUAAGCUAUUGCAACGUGGCGAAGAUCAGCAAUUCGAUCAGCUACUAUCUGCACUUGGAUCAGUAGCCGAACAUUGCUUGCCCUCGCUCUUGCAUACUAUACUCGCUUGGCACAGACGUCAGCUAUCCGAUGCUGAAAUAAAAAAUGAUCUAAAACGCAUGGAGAAGAGCACAGCUCCAAAGCCGGUCAUCGACAUGGACUUUCAAUUGCAACGUCGUGAAGCUGCAGUUGAGUUUAUAUUUUGUUUAGCUCUAAUUGAGAUACUUAAACAACUCCCAGUACAUCCUGGACACGAGGAUAUUAUAAGAAAUAUUGAAAAUCUAGCAUUUAAACAUUUUAAAUAUAAAGAUGGUCUCCAAAAUAAUCCCAAUGCAAAUAAUAUUCACAUGAUAGCCGAUCUUUAUGCGGAAGUUAUUGGUGCUUUGGCUCAGAGUCGUUUCGCUUCGGUGCGUAAGCGAUUUAUGAGCGAAUUAAAAGAGCUUCGGACUAAGGAACCAAGUCCGCAUACAACACAAAGCGUUAUAAGUCUUUUAAUGGGCAUGAAGUUUUUUCGUGUUAAGAUGGUACCUAUUGAGGAAUUUGAAGCUUCAUUUCAGUUUAUGCAUGAAUGCGGACAAUACUUUUUGGAAGUCAAAGAAAAGGAUAUUAAACAUGCAUUGGCUGGACUUUUUGUCGAAAUUCUAGUCCCUGUUGCUGCGGCUGUCAAAAACGAGGUUAAUGUACCGUGUGUUAAAAACUUUGUAGAGCUCCUGUACAUGCAGACGUUGGAUGCAUCGACAAAAUCAAAACAUCGUUUGGCUCUUUUUCCAUUAGUCACAUGCCUGCUCUGUGUAUCUCAGAAAACAUUCUUCCUUACCAACUGGCAUUACUUUCUAGCCAUGUGCUUAAGUAAUUUAAAAAAUCGAGAUUCAAAAAUGAGUCGUGUUGCUCUAGAAUCUCUAUAUCGUCUCUUAUGGGUCUACAUGAUUCGCAUAAAAUGUGAAUCAAAUUCUGCCACACAUUCACGACUUCAGAGCAUCGUUAACUCACUUUUCCCAAAAGGAUCAAAAGGUGUUAUACCAAGAGACACUCCACUGAAUAUAUUCGUCAAAAUCAUUCAAUUCAUUGCACAAGAACGAUUGGAUUUUGCAAUGCGGGAAAUUGUAUAUGAUUUGCUAUGCGUUGGCCGCUCUAUUAAGCUUAUAUUGACUCCUGAACGAAUGAGCAUUGGUCUAAGAGCAUUUUUGGUUGUUGCGGAUUCCUUGCAACAGAAAGACGGUGAACCUCCCAUGCCUAGAACUGUGGGUGUUCUUCCUUCAGGCAACACUUUGCGCGUCAAGAAAACGUAUAUCAAUAAAAUGCUAACUGACGAUACGGCUCGAAGCAUCGGCAUGUCAACAUAUUUCCCACAUGUCCGACGUGUAUUUGUUGACAUUUUACGAGCCCUAGACGUACACCUUGGUCGACCAUUGAUGAUGACCAACACUCAAAAUCAAAACAAAGAACCCGACGAAAUGCUUACUGGUGAACGAAAACCUCGCAUUGAUUUAUUCCGAACGUGUGUUGCUGCCGUACCACGUCUCAUUCCCGAUACCAUGACCGCUCAAGAGCUUGUCGAUUUACUCUCUCGACUAACUGUUCACAUGGACGAAGAACUUCGAAUGCUCACACAUCAGUCCUUGCAGACUUUGGUAAUUGACUUUCCAGAUUGGCGACAGGACGUAGUACAUGGAUAUACGCAAUUUCUAGUGCGUGAUGUGCUUGACACAUUUCCACAAUUGUUGGAAAACUGCACUAGAAUGUUGUAUGUUUUCUUAAAUAUUUGGCGUUGUGGCAUUGCAAAUGCAAACGCUUCAACAGGAAAUAACAAUAUCAAAACACCUACAAGUGUUGUUGUUGCAUUGAAUCCAACAACAAGUGGAAAAGAAACAACAAAUAGUCAAAUUUCAAGUGCUAGCAAUAUUAAAAGUACCGGAGCAAAUACAACAUCCAGUGGAGCUUCGACAAUAACUUCAAGUGGUGUAUCGAGCAUCACUCAAACAACUGUGAUAAAUUUAGCUGAAAGCACAAAAAAGAACGAAGUUCCACUGAUAACGACAUUGCAUUUUGUUGAAGGAUUUGCGUUAGUAUUGCUAUGUAAUUGUAGGCCAUAUUUAAGAAAACUUGGUGCGAUAAUAUUAAAGGAAGUUAAAAAUCUGAUGAAAGCUUUAGGAAUACCAGAAACUGAACCACCAGUAAUUGAUGUGAUUGAUAAAUGCUUGCCACAGGUCUUGGAGAAAUGCUUGCCACACUUGCCACAAGCUGAGAAGACUGCCAUUCUCAAUGCAAAUGUUAUUGAUUUGCAAUGGAUUGCUGAACGCUCUAGUGGUGCUUGGUUAGCAGGAACUGAUGAAUCGUCAAAAUCAUCAACAUCAACAUUGAACCUCUCACAAACGAGUAAUCCCCACCAACAACAAUUCGAUCCAUGGGCCGUUUGCUUAUUUGGUUUCAUGGAACGACAUCGUAUCUUACAACAAUGUCCAUCUACUGUAGCCCAGGCAUGGCCAAUAUGCUAUUCUCGAGUAACAACUCUUUACAGUGUCAUUGAUCCAACGCCAGUAAGUGAUAACAGAGCAUCACUUUUAAGAAGUUCAGCACCGACUAAAAAGGUUCCAACCGAAGGACAGAAAGAUUUAUAUCUCAGAUUGUGGCGAAAUCAAGUUGCUUUUGCUAUGAGAUUAGUCCCACAAAUACCAAGUGUUGCUGUUCGUUGUGCUUCGCCCGAUCUCAGUCUAAGUUUACAAGAUCAAUCGGACUCUCGAUCGUUGUCUGAUUCUUUGGACAACAUUCCUUCAAAUGUUUUUGGGCCAGAAGGAAUUGUAACAAGGUUUACGUUGCCACUGUCAUACGGGCGCAAAGAAGCCAGACAAAAGAGACUUGGUUCAUCACCUGAUUCCUUGAACGCCGACAGAAGUGACAAAUCAGCAAUUGGAUCUGCAUCACCUCAAGCUCUGUAUAAACUCGUCGUACCUCUUCUUAGGUGUGAGGUAACUGAAGUCAGAGAUGCAGCUGUAAAUGCUCUUGGAAUGAUAAAUCACGAUGCUCUAAAGGAUUUGAUGGAAGAGCUGGUUGUUUUUAUACGCGAGGCAGUCGAUAGAAAACAAGAAAACAUGAGAAGACGUCGUCGCCGUGACGCAUUACGUUUGCAAUUAGUACGUGUUCUGGAAAAGAUUGCAGAAAAUGGUACCUUUGGUGUUAGUACUUGUGUUCUUGAAAGAGAUACCAUGUCCUUACAUCCAACAUUUGUUGAAUACAUAGAAGGUGCUCGGCUCUAUUUGGAAUCGGAAACUGACAAGGAUAACACCAGCAUCCGUGAAGUAAAAGCACACUUCUGUAACUUUAUUCGAAAGAUGAUAAAGAACUUCUCGCUUGAAGCUUGUGGGACUCUUUUAUCUCGAGAUCUCAAAAGGAAUUUAUUCAAUUUAUUUGCAACAUGGUCUGGUACCUUUGCCAAGGCACUUGGAAUAUCUUCUCAAAUUGGAUCAACAGUUGACGAGGAAAAACUUCAGUUUAGUGCUCUACAGGCGAUGUCGGCACUUCUUUCCUGUGGUCCAAUCUUUCAUACCACUUACUUAGGUGACGAUGGGAUUAUUUAUAAAUGGUUGGAUUGUUUACUGGUAUCAAGAGAUGAAAAGGUAUAUCAACUGGCUCGUGAUACUGUGGUUUUGCUUCUAGAAACAAAUCCUGAUAUGGGACAAUUGCUUGAAUGGGUUAUUGAUCGUUGUUACACCUCGACACCGAGAGAAGCUGAUGCUUGCUUUUUAUCAUUGGCUGCAAUUUUUAGUGCAAGGGAAUAUCCAUGUGACCAUUAUACAUCCGUUAUUAAUGUAACUCUCCUCAUGACUGGAUGCCCGCGCGUAGAAAUACAUUCAACUGCUUUACAGCUUCUUCAAAUAUUAGAUAAACGCUUUUUUGGAAAUGUUGGACCGUUGCACACGGAAAAUGAAAAAGAAGAUGAGAAAGCUGGUACUCUAGAUAUUUUACUUAGCAAUGCAUAUUGUCGCUCGCAACGUUUCCUCUCCAAACAAAUGGCCCAGCUGCGUCCAGAACUGACCAUGUCAAUGUUUUCUGAAAUAACUCAUCGUUUCCAAACGGCAAGGGAAGAAGUAAGAGCUUUGCUCUUGCAAUGCCUGUUACCUUGGCUUCAAAAUAUGGAAUUAGUUGCAACAACAGUCCCUCCUGCAACGCCUUUAUCAUACAUCAUGUAUUUUCCAGAUUCUGGAACACGUGGCCGACGAGAAGGUACUGGCUCUACGGAGGCUACAGAAAUGAUAUUGAAUAAUCUUUUUUACAUUACUGCAAAGUUUUCUGACUUGCAUCCACGAGACAUAGAAGAACUAUGGGGUACAUUAUGUCAGUUUUGGCCCAAUAAUUUGAAAGUGAUCCUUCGAUAUUUGGUCAUUAUGUCGGGAAUGGCACCUACUGAACUACUUCCUUAUGCAAAACGAGUAGCACUAUAUCUUGCCAGGACGUGUGCCGAUCGAUUGUUAGAUGAAUUAAUGGCUGAACUCCAAACUGUAGAAACCCUUAAUUGUCUGAUUGAGCGAACGGAAACACCACCAUUUUAUCGACUAACGAGCAUGAGAAAAGCCUCAAGUCAUUCAGAUGGACAAGCUGCAGGAAUUAAUGAUUCACGAAUUCAAGAUCUGACUGUGGAAAAAGGAACUAUUCACACCAAACGACACAGUGGAGAAGAUCCUAUUAAGACAGGAACUUGCAAAUCAGACAGCGGAAUUCGUGUCUUCACUCAGUCCAGCCGCCCACCAAGGGGAGCAGAUAAAAUUCGCGCAGCAUCUGGUCCUUCCAUAAUGCCACGCCCGGAAGAUAUUCUAAUCAACGAUCCAGAGUUGAGACAAGAGGAAAAUGUUGAACUACGUUCGGAAGUACCUGCAGCACCGCAUCCUCUUCCCAUGCCUGAGUAUGGUGGUUACUUUGCACCACUUACCCAAUUCCUGCCAGACGUCAGUUUGCCAAUAAGUGGUUUUCAUCGAUGUAACGUUGCUGUUAUGCUGCUGGCGGACAUUGUGGUUGAUGGAAUCCCAGGCGUGGAUUGGACUCUUCAUUUGCCUCUGAUGUUGCAUAUUUUAUUUUUAGGACUCGACCAUAAUCGUGUUAUUGUACGCGAACAUUGCAAACAAUUGUGCAUUAACUUAUUGAUUGUAUUAGCAGAGCAUAAUGACCACUUGACAGUAGCUAGAAUAUUGUUAAAUAGUGAAACUUCAAAGCUGGAACUUGGAUUAUCUGGACCGUCAUUGCCUGUAAUAAGCAAUAAUUUUACAGAAACAAAUCAAGAGUUCGAUAGCUAUCUAUUUGGUCCUUGUAAUAUUCCAAAUGCAACAGUUCAUCAGAGUUCAAACAAUUCGACACAACCUCUACAAAUAAACCCCAACACUUCUGAGAACUCGGAAGUUCCCCUUAUCAUCACCGAUGAAAAUGCACCACCUCAACCAGGGCCGACAAUGCCCAUUGCACAUGUAAUAAAAAGUUUACUUAAGUUUUUAUCUCAAGAAAGUUGUCAGCCGUUGUGGAACUAUGAAGAUAUAAAUGCAAAAGUUUGGUCCAUUAAGUCAGCUGAGCAAUUGACAUCGUUCUUGAGGCAUAUGGUCAAAGUAUUUGCAGAUAGCUAUCCACAAGCGCGAAUAGCUGAGCGGUGGGCACAAACUGCCUUGCAACUUGGAUUAAGCUGUUCAUCCCGACACUAUGCAGGAAGAUGUUUGCAAAUUUUCCGCGCUCUUAAUGUUCCAAUUAACUCUCGUAUGCUUUCGGAUAUACUUUCGCGUUUGGUGGAAACUGUAGCCGAACAGGGAGAAGACAUGCAGGGCUAUGUAACGGAGCUGUUGCUCACCCUUGAAGCUGCAGUUGAUAGUCUCGACUCAGAUUUCAGGCCUUUGGAUGUCAUGAAAGAUAUAUUUAAGAGCACACCAAAUCUUAACAACAAAGAUGGUGGUCCGAAUUCGGUUCUUGCUGGAAAAAAGUCGCCAUCUGGAGCUACACCUCAAUCACCGAACUUCUCGAUGCCAAGUCACGCACGCAGCACAAGCUACUCUGUGUCUUAUUGUACUCGCAAGACAACCAACUCUCCAUGUGACAAACAAGUUGAACUUCGAAACCGAGGAGCAUCGGGUAUUGACAUCGAGCGAAAUGUUUCAAAAUUCGGCUCUGCCCUUUCCCGUUCACGAAGUGCACAAAGUUUGAAAAUGCUUGGAGACACUGCAACUCAGGAUGACAAGAUGACUAUACUAGCACAACUCUUCUGGUUGUCGGUUUCGUUGCUAGAGAGCGACUAUGAACAUGAAUUCCUUUUGGCCUUGCGACUUUUGACUCGUGUCUUGCAUCGGCUUCCCCUCGACAGACCAGAUGCCAGAGAUAAAGUUGAAAAGCUUCAACAGCAAUUAAAAUGGACAGGUUAUCCCGGAGUUCAUGCCCUUUUACUUAAAGGUUGCACACACACAACAACCUACGAACCCACCAUUACCCUGUUGGCCCAACUUCCGCCACUCUUAAAUCUGCCAGUUUGUGAUCCCACCCAGAGUUGUGCUUUUCCCAUGAACGUUAUCUCUCUAUUACCCUAUAUGCUACUUCAUUACGAGGAUGCUAACGAAAUUUGUAUUCGAAGUGCAGAAAAUAUUGCUCAAGUUUCGUCGGAGCUUGGAGCCAAACUAGAGAAUCUAGGAACAGUCAUGACUUUGUAUAGUAGAAAAACAUUUUGUAAAGAGUCAUUCCAAUGGACGAAGUGUGUUGUAAAGUAUCUAUAUGAUACUUAUGCACAUAUGGGAUUGCAUAUGUUGGCUUUUCUCAUUGAAGUUCUCGAAAAAGGUCCUCAGCAAAUUCAAGUGCCAGUGCUAAAUGUAAUACAUUGUAUGUUACAUCAUGUGGAUCUUUCUGCUCCCCAGGCGCAAACAAUAAAUGCUGAUUUAUUAAGAGCAAUUGGUAAAUAUCUUGAUACGGCCAAUUGGAAAGAAUCAUUAAAAAUACUAAAACUCAUCGUGACACGGAGUUCAAGUUUACAAGUUGUUCCACCUACAGAAGGUGCAAGUCCUGGAUUAUCAUUUAGUUUCUAUGGAGCUUAUCCGGACUCGGAAAUGUUUUGCAAAAAAGAACUCGCUGGCCGAACAAUGGAAUUUACAUUCGAUGUAUCACAAACUCCGCUCAUCGGAAGGAGAAUCCUCUUAAAGUCAGACGAGCCAUCAAUAUCAUCACAUGCUACGUCUUCAAGUCUUAUUAAUAAUACAUCAUCGGUUAUGUCAGCACAACAGCAACAGCAGCAACAACAACAACAAAAUAAAAAUGGACAAGGCAACUAUUCACAUUUGCCUCAUGUUGGUACACCGAAUUCCCCAAGGCGAAGUGCAAGUUUGUCACCUGCAGACUCAGCACCAUUAAGUGGAUGGAAGCGACCAUGGAUGUCACAGGGUCGAGUUCGUGAGUGCUUGGUUAAUCUGCUCACGACAUGUGGCCAAAGAGUUGGUCUUCCCAAGAGUCCUUCGACAUCUAUCAUGACCUUUUUUAUGGGAUCAAUGAAAUCUAAACAAAGUGUUAUAUUUAGUCAGUCAUCAGAUCUGAUGGAACGACAAUCGUCGGCGGCAUCGAGCACAGAAGAAACGUCAGGUCCACAGGGUGAUUUGAGUAGUGGUUCACGCCGAGACGAUGGCCAACCCGACUUCACUGUAUUCAAAGACUUUGAUUUCCUUGAGUAUGAGGAUAGCAUAGCUGGCGAAUCGACGGAUAAUUUCAAUUGGGGUGUUCGUCGGCAUCAGCUCUUCGAUGGAGACAGUGAUACAGUGGCCGGAGGGGGAUCCAAGGGUAUUUCUAAUUUGGACGAGAGUUACAGUGACAAGACUCCCAUUUUGAACAAACGCAAACGCCAAACAGCCGAUGAUUCUUCGGAUGAGGAGGUCGAAUCGGAAUCUCCAAUGGACGAAGAUCAUCGUCAGCCGUUCUUGAAGUCCCCAUUCCAUGUAGGCCCACCGACAUCGCUGAGCCUACGCGAGCGGCACCGCAGAAACUCAGUUUCACGCAGUGACACUAGUGGUUCGAGUGCCGGUGAUUUGGGAGACAUAACACCAUGCAAUGCAUCUCCCCAUCUGCCAGGUCUGAUUCGAUUUGGUGCCCCAAUGCGCGAUGAAGCCGAAGAAAAUUGGCGUAAACAACUGCAGACAAUGUUGACAAACCAACCAUCGGCCCACGCACCCGAUUUGUUGUUGCAGUUACACAAAAUGAUCAAAGAACUUACCCUUAAAUCGAUCAGCAUCACAAGGGAUUCGAAGAAAUACUUCUCUGGGAUGGGGGCACAAUUGGGUAAUCAAAUAUCUCAAUUUACUGACCUUUUGAGCUCGAAAGCUGACCCGCCUAUGAUUUGGUGCAAUCAGUCGCAACCGACUACUCCCCGAUUGUAUGAGACACUCCGGUUUAAUGUUCUCGAGAUCCAAGAGCAUUUAGAGACUUUCUUCGAUCGUAAAGAUCAAGUUCUAGAGUGCCUGGACUCGGUAAAAACUUCUUGCAAACUUGCGUUAUUUACCGAAGUUACAGAACAUCCUUCGGGGGCAGAGGCUCCCAGUACCACCAGUUUUAUGCCGUUCGAUCCGGCUACAGCGGAAAUAGUUUUGGACUUAGGUCGAGCCCUGUACAAGUUAAUGUUCCAGCUGCUGUUAUUGAUUGAGUCGAAUCAUAAAAUCGCCUCCAAUGUAGUCAACAAUUUCCGCCACAACGAAAAGAUGCUGGACAUUUCAGAGCUAUUUGUUCUAGUACGUGAAGCGCUGGUGCGCUCUAUAAAUGAAUCCGAGCAAGACUCCUUAGAUACAUCGACAUCGACCGAGGGUGAUCACACACCCACUCCCUCGCCGGGAUUACCAAUGACGAGUGCUGAAUUUGAAACAACUUUACACGAAUUGAUGGACAACCAAAAAUGGACAGACGCAGUGGCACACGUCCGUCAAUAUAAACGAAUGUCCCACAUGUCUGUAUCGAAUUCCAAUCUGUCGAUAUUCCCCUAUUCGAAUCUAGAGAAUCGACUCAAAUAUGAUGAUGUAAUUUUCAUACUCAACAUCUAUUCGCAAAAACUUUUGAAGGAUCGAACAGAUACUUUCAUAGUUUCAAAAAGCAGCUCAGAACUUUUUGAAGUCUACGCAAUUUUAUCAGAGAGCCUAUAUCAGGUAUCUAGUGCAUUGACCUCAAUGGAAAUUAAUAUGAAAAGUUUUUCUGGAAUCUCGACAACAUCAAAUCGUGAAGGUGGUGACAUAGUCACAAAUCUUUAAGAAACAAAAAAUAAAAUAUAAAAACGAAGAUAAAACAAGGACAACUCGCUCCAUAUUCAAACGUAUUAAAAUAGUAAGAUAAAUACAUUCAAAUCAUGCACAAUUAAUCUAAGUUUGUUGUUUUUAAAUUAUAAUUAAUUAAAAAAAAUUUAGUCUGUAAGAGUUCAAUAUUCAUGUUUUUUUUUAGCAUUUAGACAAUUUAGAUACCGAAUAUUCAAUAAAGAACAAAUAUUAAUGACAAACUAUAAA